AGAAGAACAUUUAAUCAGCCAAAUCAUAAUUUAAAGAGAUUUCAAAGUCAAUCAAAUUCUCUUUUAGGACCUUCCUUAUUUUGUAUACCUAUCUGUAAUAAGUUAAUAUAAGCAUUUAUUAAGACUUUAUUUCCAAUUAAAUAUUUUCUUCUUUAAGAUCUGCACCGAUUCCAUAAUGGAGACAUCACUUGUUGUAUAUGAGCGACUUUGUGAUAGUGUUGAACAAAUCAGGAAAAAUAAGGUAAACAUUUUUUGUGUAUUAAAACAUUAAAUAUAUCUUGGAUAUUAUAAUUUCUCACCACAUAUACACAUGUUUCGAACCAACCUUAGCCCCCACAGAAAAAACCAAGGAAGAAAUAGGCUAAUAACCAUACAAUUGUUGCCUAUAAACCUAAAAAUAAAAAACUACUUUUCGAUAGUAUAUUUUAUUCAUUUGGUAUAUCUAUAUAUUAUAAUAUUAUUUUAAUAUUUUGUUUCUAGAAUCUUUUUUCCAAGUCAACAAAUAAUGUCAACAAAUUGGAACCAUCAGAUAUAUUAAUUGGUACUAUAUUUCUAUUAAAUGCCUUAGUUUAUAUUGCAUGGAAAGUACCUAAUUGGAGACGUAUCAUGAACAAAUAUUUUACGAUUAAUGCUAGACAAUUUUCAAAGGCAUCACUUCUUCUGAGUGCGUUCAGUCACAAAUCUCUACCACACCUCUGUAUCGAUAUGUUGGUUCUCUAUGUAUCUGGCCGAGGUGUGAUGCAACCAUAUGGUGAAAUGGGGCUGGUAGAAUUCACUGCAAUGUAUUUAAUUAGUUGUGUUGUUUCAUCAUUAACUAGCAUAGAUUUUGGACGAAGAUUAAGGCUUCGAAGAGAUGUCAUAGGAGCUUCUGGUGCUAUAUUAUCGGUUGUUGGAUACUUUUCACUAGCGAAUGCUGCCAAAAAGUCUCCUAUGAUAUUUUUAUUAAAUAUACAAUUUGAUACAAUUCUUGUGAUCCCCUCAAUUUUGAAUUGA